CUUUACUCCACACUAACUGUGUCCUCUAGCCCGCAACACGUGAUGAAAUGGCCACCCCAUUCGCCCGUAUUUCGUCUCUGGAGCUCGAUCAGUUUUUAAAUGACGUGCACAAAAACAUCGAGCACGAUUUGGAGCAUGAUGAGCUGACAGACUUCAAGAAGUUGGUGCUCUGCCUCUUCCGGUUUGCCAGCGCCAAGCUCUCCAUGUUACAGACCCGCCCAGACGCUGAGGCGCAGGGUUUUGUGUCACGGCUCUUUUCGGCUAUCGAGCUAGUUUUCUCGAAACGGAAGUCGUUGCUCAACAUCGAGGUGCUGCUGGCGGACAUUUCUCUGAUUUCCGCCGAUUCGCCGUCCUCGCUCACGCGUCACAAUACGGCUACCUUAUUCUAUGAAUGGGCCCUUGGCUUUGCCAUGCUGUGGCUUUCGCAGUUCCCCGAGAAUCUCCAGCUUACCAACUUGAUCAAGCUGUUUUUGAUCGAGCUCAUCAACAUCGUGUCUGUGCGUCUUCAUGGACUCAAACAUAAAAAAAAUCUACGCUCCAUCUUACUCUCCACGCUUGAGACGAAUGUCAAUAAGGUGUACCGCCAUGUGCUGACUGAUGGGCCGUCGGAUCUACAUCCGCUAGCGUUCGGGCCGCUACUUUCAUGCACGGUGCAUUUAUUUACUGUGCUUAACGACUUCGACACUUCGGCCAAAUUGGCCCUACAAACGGCAGACUUCAAGUACCGUUUCGAGUCUUAUGCCAAACGCUUAGAAUUUGUCAUUUCCUCAUCCAGCACAAUGUCCGUACCCUCUCUGUCGCCGGAGGCUAGUUUGAAUCUACUAGACACGUGCAGAUCCAUCCUACUUCUUAAUCUCUCUUCCAACAUACAAUUAGACAUGACAACGCGGUGGUCCCUGAUUGAAUUGGUUCUCAAGUGGAUCCACCAAUAUUUCAUAAAGCUUCAGAAUUCCCGAGGCGGAGCAACGCACAGCAUGAAUCAAUACAACAGAGUGACAUGCGUGAUUUUGAUGAAACUUUUUAUUUUCUGCCGGCUGCGGGGCAUCCUCCUGAAUUUUUUCAACUCGUUUCCUUUUUCUCUGUUCGAAAUGGUCGAGUCCACAAGCCACGACCAGCUGUUGCCAAUCGUGAUUUCAAGAACCUUGCACUUGGUACAUCUUCAAAGCAUUCUGGUGAUGGAGCAUGCGCCGGCCAGAUUUUCUAAGGCAGCAGCACCUUUUAUGGAUGCUGAACUUGAUUUUCUACGGGGUGUUGUUCUUGGCGCAGAUUCGUCUCAUCUCGUCAAGAAAUUGCAAUUCGCAAUCGACCGCCCACAUUCAUUCGCUACCUUCAUUGCACAAAGUGAUCCACGUGGACCAGCCGAUUCCUCCAGCAUAAAGUCCUGGAUUGCGUAUGUGGUGAAUCUCAUUCAAAGAGAGAUGCAUGGGCCAAACAAUGAUCUGUUGCAUAAUCACGCCACUUUGCAUUCUUUUUUAUCCGUGUUGAGAGACGUUCCGUGCAUAAUCUCCGGGGAUUUCGAUUUCUCCUCUGAAAGCUGCAUGCACUGCACGACAUUCUCGGCCCGGAACUUAUACGGCAAUAUCUCAAUUAAAAGAAAGCAAGUUUCGGAAGUGAGUGACGCUAUGACAUUAUACUCGCUAGUGUUCUGUGAAUAUUUGCUCAAGAAUAAUGAUGGUCGCUUAUACGAGGAUAAUUUAUUGGCGACCAAUUUCUUGCUCGCUCUUUUCAAUUUGUUGGCCACAUUCAGGCUCCCGGAUCGAGACUGCAAGCCCAAUCAUCCCAUGAUCGUCUUUGUUCUUCGAUGUCUUGCCAAACAUAAUAAUAGAGAUGUCCGGAUUUUGGCGGCUCGUGUGGUUCCAUUGUUUUUGAUUCGUGAAGUAGAUCAGAAUCUGGAGUCUUUGUUCAAAGCUAUCUUUGGAACUUUAUCAAGCAUAAAGUACAGCUCUGCCCAAGGGAACAUCCACUUGGCGGAAUCCACGAUGUUGGCACUUUCAGAACUUGCAAUAACGAGUGAUGGUGAAUGGCUUUGUGUGAUUUUCAUCAAGUUGAUACAAUCUUUGGGAGAGCCCAAUGAGCAACAUGUCAACCUAGCAUACAACAGUAUUCUAUAUGUCGCAUCUGCAAAGGCAAUGACGCCUUACAAACUUCUCUCGCCAUAUCUUCCCAGCAUCGCGGAGAUUAUUAUUCAAAACGCACACAUGUUUUCAAGAUUGACCGAAUUGCUUGGAAUAUCCAAGAAGUAUUUCCUAAGUAACACUCGGGAGUACACAACUCCUCGUCUCAUGGAAUACUACAAGCAUGACUUCAUUCAAGAAAUUGCGGAAGCUUCGAAUAUGACCAAAGUUAAACUUAUCUCCAAGAUGUUGCCCCGCAUUAUCGCCACAUAUCUUUGCAAAGAUGAUCACAAUGAUGCAAAAUAUAUAGUGAGCGUUUUGAGCAACGUGAGCCCGAGCUACCGAUCAAUGAGAAUUUUAGAGUUGGUGUCAAACGUGGGAGCUGUGCUCUGGGCAAUUUUGCUCCAAAUGCAAAUGGACGAAGAUGGUGUUUUGAAAAACGAGACAAAGAUAGUGCGUGCAAUAACUUUCAUUGCAAAGAUCCACUGGUCCAAAAAGCCUGAAAAUAAUUCAUCAGGAUCCCCACCGGACGAAGGUCUGUUCGAUUAUGUCAGCUACAUACUUCAAGACUAUAUUCUUGAACUUGCCCAGAAAUUUUCGGAAGUCGUCCAUCAAACAAAAGGAAUAAAGCCAUAUAUGGAAAAGGUUAACUCAAUUCGGGCCAUGCAAUUCAUUAUUUCAAGGAACAUUGAAGCAGCCACGUGGGCUUUGGGCCAAAUAUCGACAUGCCUUCAAGCUGCGAUGGAUUUCUCAUCUUUGGAAGUAUAUGCUCUUCUGUGCUGGAACGUCCUUGUGCAACGAUUGGACUCCCCAAAGCUUGUUUCUUUGUUUGACAUUUCAAUUUCUUUGAUUUUCCAGAAAUUCGAGAGCUUCCCCUUAAGGUCUAAAUCCAUUGCAGCGGAAAUUUUGAAACGACUUUAUCGAGAGAUCACAGAGAAGUACAACAACUAUGGUCCCUAUUACUACUCCUACUCUUUCACUAGGGGCUUGGACAAAUUCUAUGCACCGGAUGCUUCUUCAAGUGCGAUGCUGAAACUCAAAAACAGAGUCAGACUUUUUCCCGAACUAACUAGAAGAUUGCAAACGAACAACAGAAUCGUUGUCCAUCAAGCGUUAGAUGACUUGAUUAAUUUGUCGAAAGCAUACCAACAGAAAUGGCAAAGCGAAACCUUAAGAGAGAGUUCAAGCGAAAACGAAAUCUCCAAAAUGGUAAGGACUGUUUUGGAUCUUUCCGUUCAAUUCAAAAGCAGAGAUCCUGAUUUGUCUACCAAAUGUGCAAUUGUCUUGGCCAGCUUGGGCUCACUUGAUUCCAGCAGAUUCAAUUUCAAGACAAUUAACUCUCAAAUUAUUGUGCUCUAUGAUUUCCAGGACUACGAAGAAAACUCUACGUUUUUGGUGGACUUCAUACAGAAUAAGGUCAUAAAGAAUUUCUGGGCGCUGAAUGAUCCCACCAGACAGCUUUUCUCUGUUUAUUCAAUGCAGAGCUUUUUGAGGAUUUUACGCCUAGAACCUUCAAUCUUGGAAGGCGAGAGCCAGGGAAUCCGCAGUGAGGUUUGGCAUCGCUUCUCGGAGAUUGACAGAUCCACCCUCACUCCACUACUCUCGUCUAUGUAUUUUGCCUCGCCUCCUCGAUAUGAGCCCAUUGAGUUCCCUCACUACCGGCUAGGCAUGAGAUACGAAAAGUGGUUGGUUGAUCUUUCCACGAAUCUCUUCCGGAGACCGAUCGCUAGUACUGCCACUCAGAAAGGCAAGCCAAAUGCCAACCCAACCAAGAAUUUCAUCUUUCAAACAUGCUCGAUGCUCAUCAGAGACGAUGAGAUUUCGAUCUCGCUGUACUUGUUGAAGUAUGUCGUGUUGUCACACAUCGCGAGUGGCGAUGAACAGGCUCGAAACGAUAUUCUCAGCGAGUUCUUGUGUGUUUUGAAAACGGAUUCGAGCUCAAAUGUCGGAUCUGACAGGACAGAAAACCUCAAAUUGUGCUACCAACGUAUUUUCGAGGUGUUGGACUACUUCAACGAAUGGGUGUCAGCAGCAACAGAACGUAUGAGCGACAGCAGUCUACCGAAAGUAGAUUAUUUGAUGUUGAAAAGUUGUCGUUCGCAGGUGUCGAGUUUUCUCGAGGAAAUCCCUACACAAUUGAUUGCCCUCACAUCUUCCCAAUGUGACUCAUAUGAACGGACGAUUUUGUACCUCGAAAAAUGCUACAGGAAAGAGAAGGACGAUACCAGAGACGCGUUCGACAAGCUCAAUAUUGCCAGCACUCUCCAAUCAGUGUACGCAAACAUCGAAGAUUAUGAUGCUUUGAACGGUGUGCUUAGGAAGUUCUCAACCAGAAAUUUGGCAGAGAAGCUCGAUGCUUUCCAGUAUAAUGAAAACUGGUAUCUUGCGCAAGAAUCUUUCCAAGUCUUGAGCAGCAUUGGCAGCGAGGACGUCCGCGUCAACUGCAACACAAGGUUGCUAAAGUCCUACACAAAUCAUGCGCUUUACGAUAAAGUUCUUUCGUCUCUCGAAUCACAAAUUGGAAAUGAGUCCAUCACACGUCUCCCAAUAGCCUGGACAAUGGUGGGCCUACAAGCUGCUUUGGAGUCGGGAGAGAUCAACGAGAUUACCAGAUGGUACAAUGCCGUUGCAACGAUUGGAAUGCCCCAAGACGUCGAAGAUGUAGCCACUUUGGAGUAUGCAAGCGGCUUGCUUUCACUAGCAAAGCAAGAUGAGAAGAAGUUCACACUGUCGAUCCAAAGCAUUUAUGCAACUAUCGGGCAGUCGUUGUCUCUGUCGAUGUCUCUGUCGUUUUCAAGAAACACGAAUCUUUUGAGGCAGUUACAUAUUUUGUUUGACUCUUCUCUCAUUGUGUCUGCUGGGAACGCCGAUGCAAUCAUUCUGCAAGAGGACUUGAUACUGACGCUACGCGAGCGCAUGAGAAAUACGGAUCUAGAGUUCAGCACGCAAUGGAAGAUUCUCUUGAUGCAUAAACUCCUUUUUGAGGUGACCAAUAACAAAGAUCAAAUCUCGUCGGUUUACUUGGUCUCCGCGGAGAUUGCUCGGCGCAACAAGAGACUCGACAUUGCAACAAGGUCAAUUGUAAAAGCUAUGGCGCUCAAUGAUGAAGAGGCGUCAAUUGAAUACGCCCACCUUUUGUGGGAGCAGGGAAAGCAAACUGAGGCAAUCAAGACACUAUCGGAAAACCUCGAGUGUGCAAACUCCAAGACAAAAGCUAGAAGGCAGCUCCAGUAUGCUUUGUGGCUCGACGAAUCUAGCCAUUCCUCGUCAGCAACCAUCAUAGAGGAGUACACCAAAGCUUAUAGGCUUGACAAUACUUGGGAGAAGCCGUUCUUCGAUAUCGGAAAAUACUACAGCAAGGUCAUGGAGUCACAGAAUGACAGAAGUGGCUACUACGAGAAGCAAAUCAUCCGUUUCUACCUCCAUGCAUUGAAGCUCGGAACCACCUACAUUUUUGAAGCCCUUCCAAAAUUGAUCACCGUUUGGCUAGACUUUGCCCAGAGGCAAUCGAGAAACAGAGAUGCCAUCAAGCGCUUGGAAACAAUAUCCCAGGAGCUCCUCGAGCAAAAGGAUGGAAUACCUAUGUACGUCUGGUUCACUUGCGUGACCCAGAUUCUUUCCAGAUUGAGUCAUUCCCACGAACCGAGUGUGAAGGUGAUGAUGCAAAUCAUCAGUACUCUCAUAUCCACAUACCCAAAACACACGCUUUGGUACACUUUGUCACACGUGAAAUCCAAGGACGAAGUGCGAAGCAAAAGAGUCUCAAGUAUCUUGGUGGCACUCUGCAGAAACCCAGGCCUCGGCGAGAACAUUCGAAACGCCCAAGUUUUGUUCGACAUUCUUGAAAACCUUGCAUCAGUCAAGACUCCCUCCAAGUCUGGUUCAAAGAAAAGACAGUGGCUGUUGUCCGAGGAUUUCAAUGUGAGAGACACUCAUAAGCCCCACACUGCCUUGGUCAUUCCUGUCAAGUCCAAUCUUGAAAUCCGUAUUCCAGCUGCCAGCUCUUCACCCGGAAGUAGGGCCGUGUGGAACGCGUUUCCCAAGUCGGCGUCUGUCACAUUUGAUGGUUUUGAUGACAAGGUCAAUGUGUUCCAAUCGCUCCAAAAACCAAAGCAAAUCACGGUCCGGGGCUCCGACAACUUGCCCUAUCGACUCAUGCUUAAAAUGGACGACACUCGGAAAGAUGCCAAGGUCUUUGAGUUCACAAACAUGAUCAACCGGUUGUUGACCAGCAAUGCCGAUGCUCGCAAAAGAAACCUUACUAUUGAGAACUACUCCGUGAUUCCACUAGCAGAAGAUAAGGGUGUGAUUGAGUUUGUUCAAGGUGUCAGCACCAUGAAGUCCGUCAUCAACGCCCAACAGAAAAAAGCAGGCUUUUCGCAUGAUGACUCGAGGAUCUUCCGUAAGCUUGCGGAGGCACAAAAAAUUGCCAAGGCCCGAAAUUCGUCGGAGCCCAAUGUGGACGAGAACUUGGUGAUAUUCUUCCGUACUCUUUGCAAAGAGGUCAAACCUGUGCUCCACCAAUGGUUCAUCGAUCAGUUUUCGGAUCCUGCUGUGUGGUAUCUUGCUCGAAACUGCUUCACAAGAACAUCUGCCGUCAUGUCUAUUGUUGGAUAUAUCAUAGGUUUGGGAGACCGGCACUGCGAGAACAUUCUCUUUUUGAAGAAGAACGGGGCUGCUUUGCACAUUGAUUUCGACUGUCUUUUUGAAAAAGGCCGUACCCUCCCAACGCCGGAGGUUGUACCGUUCAGGCUCACGCAAAAUUUGGUGGACGCUAUGGGAAUCACAGGUGUCGAGGGCGCUUUCAGGAAAACAUGUGAAGUAACGGGCGCUUUGGUCCGGGAAAACGAGGCGUCCUUGAUGAACAUCUUAGAGACUUUGAUCUACGAUCCAUUGUUGGACUGGAAGACGCUGGAGAAUCCCCAAGAACACCUCAAGAAGGUGCGCCGCAAAAUCCGGGGGCUUUUGGAGCGGGAGGGUUUGCCAAUGAACAUCCACGGGCAGGUCGACUAUUUGAUACAACAAGCCUCUUCGGAGCAGAAUCUUUGUCGCAUGUAUGGAGGCUGGGGCGCUUAUAUAUAGAUCCGUCAGACACAAGUAACAGUGGUGGAGGCGGGUGUUGAAUGCAUGAAGAUUACAAUGGGGCAGUAGACAGACCAGAAGUUAUCUCAUGGUCAUCGCCUAUAUCUGGCGGCGGCUUUCUUCCGACUGUUGUGUUGGUUCGCGAGAUAGGACGUUGGCUGCUGGAGGGCGUCGUCAAAGCACAACCCAGAAACUGGCUGUCGUGGCUCACCUUGUCGUCAGUGAGUACAUCCUCUUCCAUUGUGGAAUGCGAUGUCGAUUGCUGGGUAUCGAGAAGCCCGCCCAAAGUCGCAGGGGCCACUUCU